UCUGGUGUCAUGGCCAUGCUAAUGGCUUCUCUGCCUGAUGCUUGGGUUUUAAGGCUGAGAAGGAUUCCUCCAGUACAGACCCCUACCACUGCCUCUCAGACUUCAUUGCACCUCUGCAUUCUGGUGUUCGAGACUACUUGGGUCUGUUUGCUGUUGCCUGCUUUGGGGUUGAAGAGCUGAGUAAGGCCUAUGAGGAUGAUGGCGAUGACUACAACAGCAUCAUGGUGAAGGCACUAGGGGACAGGCUGGCAGAGGCCUUUGCAGAGGAGCUCCAUGAGAGAGUUCGCCGCGAACUGUGGGCUUACUCCAGUAGUGAGCAGUUGGGUGUCACAGACUUGCGCAAACUCCGCUAUGAGGGCAUCCGGCCAGCUCCUGGUUACCCUAGCCAGCCUGACCAUACUGAGAAGCUCACUAUGUGGAGACUGGCUGACAUCGAGCCGGCCACAGGCAUCAGGUUGACAGAAUCCUUGGCAAUGGCACCUGCUUCAGCAGUAUCAGGCCUCUACUUCUCCAAUGUAAAGUCCAGAUAUUUUGCUGUGGGGAAAAUUUCCAAAGAUCAGAUUGAGGAUUAUGCUUUGAGGAAGAACAUGCCUGUGGCUGAGGUGGAGAAAUGGCUUGGCCCCAUUCUGGGAUAUGAUACAGAUUGACUUCUCUCUCACAUUUUUUUUCUUUUAAACUUUUAUGCUUGUUGACCUCGAGGUGUACAACCUAGAGUGCCUUAGAAAUAACAACAAAAGCAGCCUUGCGUCUCCCUGCCCUGCCCUGCCGCCAGUGUUAGAAGGCUGGCUGGUGGCGUGUGAUGUAGAGCAGAUUUUUCUGGGGUCCUGGAAAAUAAGCACCUUUUCAGGGACUUUAAAUGAGGAGCAAAAAGGUGCCAAGGCUCAUGGUGUCCCUGGGCCUUUAGGAAAAUCUUAUGCAUUUCAAAACAGGUCAACUAGCUCUUUUCCAUUUUUGCCUUUGACCCUGGAGGGCACUUGUUCUUGGGUUUGUUUAUUUGGUUUGGUUUAGUUUUUUUAUUUGUUUUUAUUUGUUUCCUCACAUAGUUAAAAAAAAAAAAAGAUUCUGAAAAUAAGUUGUAUAUGGGAAUGUAUAGAGAACUGUGGCCCCUGAGAAAAGUGUUACCUUGAGACAUGUGACAUUUCAGCCUGAGUGGUUCACCAGUAGACUUGGACAGAGAGAAAAGUGCCUCUCUUUUUUUUCUCCUGCAACACCUCAUUUUCUGAGGCUCAACUCAAUGGCUCUAGAACUCUCUCGCAAAGGCAUGCUUACUAUUUGCCGGACAGAAAUACUGGAACUAUUUGCCUUGUCGUGCUAGUGUGGUUCGGCAAGGUCCCGUUUUCCAACCUUUAUUUUUUUUUCCCCACUGUACUUUCACAGUCCCUUGCUCUAAGGGGAAAAAAUGGAAGACAGAAAGUGACUGCCACAGGUGUUAACAUCUAGCCAUCCUUAGAAUUGAGCAGGUUGUCGACUGAGCCUCUUUGUCCUGUGCAGAGCUAGACCUGGGGGUGGUGGAAAGCCACUCAGUUCUUUGACUCCAAACUUGAUACAUUUUAGAUACGCUAAAUUGACUUGUUCUUUGUUAUUUCUGGAAAACCUGUUCAGAGCACAGGCUGUGAAAGCAUGGACUCAGAAUUCAACCUUGCUGUGUAGGCGCCCUGUGAUGUAGCCAUGUGCUUAGGCGUCCCAGCAAUGAGAACUGUCAUAUAUGUUUGUCUUAUUGGGGUGAAAAGAAAUUUAAACAAGGUUAUGCAUGGACAAGUUUGGGUACACACAGAUAUUUAAAAAGUGGAGAUUCUGUAGAGCUCUAUAGUCUGAGCACUGAGGGUACCCAAAGAAAGAAUGAGAAGGUCAAGGGAGGAGGUAGAUCUAUGUAGGGAAAUGUUUCUGGGGUGUGACUGGUCACUUACAAUUUACAUUUACCUGAGAAAGAGCAGUUGCCUCUCAUGUGUUAUACAUACCAUUAGGACUAACUCCUGUGAGACAGACUCCUCCCUUGCCUCAUAUGUUGCCCCCAAGGCACUUAUACCAAACAUGUACUCUGGUAUAUUGGAGGUGAAAAGAAGAAGAGAACAGUUGUGUAAUGAUAAUCCUGUAUAUUUGUAAUCUUUCCAACUUGAUUUUCAGAGUACUAUCAUUUGCCCUUAGAGUGAAAAGAAUCGUCUACUUAUUUAAAGUAUCUUUAAGUUGUACUAGAUUGUAAAUGGGACUCGUUAGCCUGAGUCACUUAGUUCUAGGGCAUAUUUCUGUUGCAAAUAUAUUUUUUAGACAUUGGAACAUUCAUUUGUGAGAGAGAAUAACCUUCAAAUAUUUUAAUGUAUUUCAUCUGAAAAGUUACUAAUAUUCUUUUUACUUCAUUGCCAUUCUUUCAGCUGGCUUUCCUGAAUAUGUCAUUGAUCUAAUCCCUUGACAUAUUGUCAUCAUCAUCAUCUUUCUCCUCCUUUGCUCUUCCUCUGUCUUGUCUCCUUUCUUCCUUCCUCUUCUUGCAAGUUUAGUUAUAUAGAUAUUUACUAAGAAAUAUAAAGGAAAACUUGAAAGCAUUCUUCUUGAUUUAUUUUAGGUAUUCCAGAGAAGCUAGGCUCCAAAGGCUAACAUUCUAAACUGGGCUCUUGUGUGUAUGAUGGAAUGCACCCAGCAUCUUCCCUCACUGUUGCAUCUGAGUUUCUGACAUGAACUGAUUCAUGCUUGGGGCUUGCACAUGCAUUAUGGCUGUAUGUUUGUAUGUAUGUACUUUUUCUCAGUUAAGAAUUGUCUGUAGCCGGAUGUGCUACCCUAUUCCUGCAAUCACAGCAUUUGGGAAGUUGAGGCAGGAGAACUUGUAUGAGUAACAGGCCACCCUGAGUUAAAUAGACUGUCUCCAAAACCAAGAUCAGGUCCAGCAAGAUAGGAGUUUGUUCUCUGGGACCCACAGGGUCGAAGAGAGGCAACUCCUGACCUCACAUGCAGUAUGCAGCACCACACAUUAAAAAAGGGGAGGAGGAUUGUCUCCAUAUUGCUGCUUGCUCUGCUCACUGCUGUAGAGGCUAGUUUUGUAGACAGGCUGGGAAUCGGGUUAGUAAUAUUGGUAACUGUUUCUCCUUUGAGCUGUUUUGCAGGCACUUUGCCUCCAUUCAUGAUGAACACACAUGGGAGUAAUUUUUUCCAGUUGAUUUUCUUAUGCAUGUUCUCUUCACAUAUUUGGGCUUCUUUCAUGUACCUGUUAUUUUUCUCCUAUCCUAUCUUAAAUCAGUGAAAUCAGGGGAGGUGUGAUUCUUGUCUCUUACCGCUCAUGACUUCUUCAUUAGAGCUAGAGGCUUUCCUAGCGGUUAUCUUUUCUUUGGUUUGGUCAGCGUUCUUACCUCACUCCCUCCCUUGGGAUAAUUUUCUGUUAGUCUCUACAUUUAUGGUCAUUUCUCAGCCAUUUUUUAAAGUUUUUUCCUUCUACCUACUUAACUUUUUACAUUCUGUCCUUAGUUGCCCUCCCAGCCUAUUUCAGAGGGUGAUCUCAUCUGUUCAGUACUCUAGGCUCCUCUAUCCUUAAUCUUUGCUCCUUAAUAAGGUUUCCACUCAGCUCCUGAAGGAGUUCCUGAGGCAUCUGACAGUGGAGUGUCCCAAACUUCUGUGUAUCUCCGUAUAUUCAAUAAUAAAGACCAAUUGGCACCGCCUAGUCAGUGGACAGCAUAGCUUAUCCCAUAUUGUCUUUCUUUAGGACAGUUAGCCCAAAAAUGUGUUGAGCUGGUGGUAGAAGUAUUCAGGGAAGACUCUGGUUGCCCCCAUUUUAGGACCUGAAGAAUAGAGAUGGAGCAGCAGGGAAGGCACAGAUGAGGAACCAUGAAUAGAAACAUGAAAGGUUAUAAAGAUGGCAGCUCUUUCCGAAUUGAACUAUAAAGUCAAGAUUUCCAGCAGCAAUACCAACUGAUGUCAUAUUAAAGGAAAGCAGAGAAUUAAUGUGGAAUAGCAACGGGUCAAAAGUGACCAGAUGUUUCUGCAGAUGAAGAAAGAGGAUUAGGGAACUUGUCUGCCAAUACACCACGUUUUACUGCAGAAAUGGUGUCAGGUAUAGUACAGAAAUGACUUGAAUCAGUGCUGCCAAAAAGUAAAGACUUGCCCUUUUUCCCUUGCUGCUUUUAAUAUUUUUUCUUUGUUCUAUAGAUUUAGUGUUUUGACUAUUAUGUGCUGUGAGGAGUUUCUUUUCUGGUCUGUUCUAUUUGGUGUUCUGUAAGCCUCUUGUAUGUUUAAGGACAUCUCUUUCUUUAAGUUGAAAAUUUUUUCUUCUGUGAUUUUCUUGAAAAUAUUUUCUUGAACUUGGAGCCUGGAAUCUUCUUUUUCAUCUAUUCCUAUUCUUAGAUUCUGCCUUUUCAUGGUGUCCUUGAUUUCUUGGAUGUUUUGAGUUUGGAACUUUUCUGAUUUUAUUUUUUUCUUUGAGAGAUGUAUCAGUUUCUGCAAAUGUAUCUUCAGUGCCUAAGUUUCUUUCUUGCAGCCUUGCCAGGCCACAGAGGAAGACAGUGCAACCAGUCUUGAUGAGACUAGGGUCAGAUAAAAAGGGAAUAGGACCUCCCCUAUCAGUGGACUAGAGGAAAGGCAUGGGGGAGAAGAGGGAGGGAGGGUAGCAUUGAGAAGAGACAAAGGAGGGGCCACAGCUGGGAUACAAAUUGAAUAAAUUGUAAUAAAUAAUAAUAAUAAAUUUUUUAAUUAAAAAAGUAAGGACUUCUGUUAAGCAAAUGAAUGACUUAAGGAAUUAGUAACUAUAAUAUAUAGAAGGGUUUUGUUUUGUUUUUGUUGUUUUGGGGUUUGUUUGUUUUCUGGACAGGGUUUUUCUGUGUAGCCUUGACUGUCCCGUAGACAAGGCUAGCCUCAAACUCAGCAAUUCACCUGCCUCUGCCUCCCAAAGUGCUGGGAUUAAAGGCAUGCAUCACCAUGCCCAGCUAGAAGUUUUUUAUUUGUAAAACAUAGAAGAGAGAAAGGCAUUCUUGUGAGGCUGGUAAACAGAUGUUCUGUGGUGAUCAGAAGUAUGAGAUUCUGCUUCCUACCUGUAACAAUUGCAAGAGUGGGACCCACAGAUCUGUAGCUAGUCACGUGAUGUAACACCUAACUAAGAACAGUUGGACCUUAGGGAUAUGAACAAAUGACUCCUACUCUUGUUCAGCUGUGUCUUACAUUUUGGUCAUAGCAGUGUAAUCAUGUUAGUAAUCACAACAACUGAAAUUCUGUUCAUGGGACAGUGCUUUUACAAGGUACCCUGAGGUACAUGGCGCAGUGAAAAUGAGCAAAUUGCAGCCUCACUUGGCAAUAAAAAUGAAUCAAAGAAAAUAGGGGUAAAACAAGUUUCUUAAGACUACUUAAAGGCAAGAUACUGUUUUUAUUGAGUUCAAAAAGGAGACCAAAGAAUAUAUAUGGUUGCUACAUACUUGAUCAAAACCUUAAGUUACAGAAAUCCCAAAAUUAAGUUUAGUGGUAGCCUGUGGGAGGAGGAAUUAAAAGGGCCAGAGAAAAGCACACAGGUGAAUUAUGAUAACUGCUUUAGUUCUUGGGUGGUAGGCUUAUGGCUGUUUACUAAAAUGCAUUUUGUACAUUUUAAAUAUGCUCUAUUUAAUGUGUAUUUAAUAUAUUUUAAACAAUAAAGGUAAAGCAAAAUGGUA